AUGGCAGACGAGUCCGACGAUGACCUGUAUGGGGACGAGACUGCGACGCAGCAGAGCAAGGACGCAAACAAAACCGAAGACAAUUCAAGCGGCGACGAGCCCAUGGAUGAGGAGUCGGGCGACGACGACGACGAUGAAGACGACAGCGAUUCCGACAUCGACAUCAUCAUUGAGAAGGCGCCAGCACCAGCCAAACCUGCUGCCUCACAACAGCCCCAAGAAUCCAAAGCCAUAAAGAUUGAGGCGCCGCCGCCUUCGACUACACCCUCACAGCAACCCCCUCCAAAAACCGGGCCUGCAACAGGCGGCACCAUCCCCCAGAUAUCUGCCUCUGCCCUCUCAGGUACCGCCUUUCCUGCCCAACGUACCUCGACAAUCGACGUCAAUGGGAAUCCCAUCUAUCCACCUCAGGGAAAAGAGAUUCUGUCUGUUGACAUUGAUGCCGACCUUGCAGAAGAGCACAAGAUUUGGCGCCGGCCGGGCGAGGACCAGUCCGACUACUUCAACUACGGUUUCGACGAAUUCACAUGGGAGCUAUACAGGCAGCGCCAGGUAGCCAUGGCAAAUACCAUACAGGGCCAGAAGAACGAUAUGGCGCAGAUGCAGGCCAUGAUGGGCGGUGGUCCUAUGCCUGGCAUGCCUGGCAUGGGAGGCGCCCCACAGAGUAAUGGAGGACCAGGCGGCGCGCCCCCGACUGGCCCUGGUGGUGGUGGAGGCGGUGGUGGUGGUGCUGGCGGCGGAGCUAUGGGUCCUGGUGGG